UCUCUCUUUCCAGCCGCCCCUAGUUCUGAAACUUUAAAGAACUUUUUUCUUUCUUUCUUUCUUUUUUUUCUUCCUUCUGAGAACACCAGGGGAAAGAGGAGUCUGGAGAGAGGGAGGGAGAGAGUAAGGCAGUUGGCCAGAAGGGCUGGGGGGUGGGAGGGGGGGACGCGUCCCCGCGGUCGGUCAGUCUGUUUGCGGGGCACAGGAUCGCGUGGAAAUCUGCUGCGAGCUCCACGGGGCCACCUCCGCCGCCCAGAGCCAGGGUCCGUGCGGCAGCUGCCCAGCGAGCCCUUCCGCCGCCGCCGUUGUGCCCGGGACCGCCCGCCUCCCGCCGGCCCGCUCUCCCGCCCCUCGGACCCGGGCGCCAAACGAGGAGGUGGGCAGCUUCGCCGGCCAUGGACCGCCGGAGCUGAGUCGCCGCCGCGGAGCUCCCAGCUCUCGCCCUUCCCCAGCCUCGCGCCCGCGGUGCACUCGCUCUUCUUCGCCCUUCGCCCUGGAAAAACGGGGAAAAGAGAGAUCAACCCGAAGAGAGAAAGAACGGGAUACGUGUUGGUGGGGGGGGGGGAGCCCGCGUCUCCCCUGGGUUAGUCGCACCCCUCCAGCUCACCGCACAGCAAUAAGUUCCGGGGCGACUUUCACCUAUUUUGCUCCCCGUUUUUGCCGAACCCUAAAAUGAAAGGACACAAUUUGGGGCUAACUCUUGCAGCUCAGAUGGCGACUUGUGCGUUUUCAGCGGCAUCUCCCGGAGAAAAAGCCAUGCGCGCCUGAUUGUUCUGUGGCCCCAAAGCUGCAGCGGGGGUGUGUGUGUUGGGGUGUGUGUCUGUGUGUGUACAGAGACGUCCACACUAACUCGCGGCUGCAGGAUCAGCGUCUGGAAGCAGACGUUUCGGCUACAGACCCAGAGAGGAGGAGCUGGAGAUCAGGAGGCGUGAGCCGCCAAGAGUUUGCAGAAUCUGUGGUGUGAAUGAACUGGGGGCACCUGGGCGCACAGAUCGUCCCCCUUCCCCCGCCCCGGGCCAAAGUUGAGUAGUGGGACAUUUUUUUCACCCUCUUGUGAAGAAUUUCUUUUUAUUAUUAUUUGUCGUAAGGUCUUUUGCACAAUCACGCCCACAUUUGGGGUUGGAAAGCCCUAAUUACCGCCGUCGCUGAUGGACGUUGGAAACGGAGCGCCUCUCCGUGGAACAGUUGCCUGCGCGCCCUCGCCGGACCCGCGGCUCCCUAGUUGCGCCCCGACCAGGCCCUGCCCUUGCUGCCGGCUCGCGCGCGUCCGCGCCCCCUCCAUUCCUGGGCGCAUCCCAGCCCUGCCCCAACUCGGGAGUCCAGGCCCGGGCGCCCGUGCCCGCUUCAGCUUCGGUUCACUGCGCCCGCCGGACGCGCGCCGGAGGACUCCGCAGCCCUGCUCCUGACCGUCCCCCCAGGCUUAACCCGGUCGCUCCGCUCGGAUUCCUCGGCUGCCCUCGCUCGGGUGGCGACUUCCUCCCCGCGCCCCCUCCCCCUCGCCAUGAAGGGACUGCCUGCGGAGGAGGAGUUGGGCGUUGCGAGACUUUAGGUGUGCAUCCGGCUGCUCCCCGCGCCCUCCGAGCGUCCUCUGAACAAUUUUGCUACUGAGGUUUCCUCUCCCUCAUCCCUCAUCACGCCUGGCCCGCACCGUGGUUGGUAAAGAAGGAUCAAGAACACCUUUAAUCCGACGCGAAGGCUUUGAGGGAUACAUAGAAAGGGAGCCACGUCUUUGAGCUGCUCUGGAUUGAAGAGGAGGACUCGGGAACGCCCUCCUCCACCUCACUCCUCUGAAGUCCAUUGGAAUAUUAAGCCCAGGAGUUGCUUUGGGGAUGGCUGGAAGUGCAAUGUCUUCCAAGUUCUUCCUAAUGGCUUUGGCCAUAUUUUUCUCCUUCGCCCAGGUUGUAAUUGAAGCCAAUUCUUGGUGGUCGCUAGGUAUGAAUAACCCUGUUCAGAUGUCAGAAGUAUAUAUUAUAGGAGCACAGCCUCUCUGCAGCCAACUGGCAGGACUUUCUCAAGGACAGAAGAAACUGUGCCACUUGUAUCAGGACCACAUGCAGUACAUCGGAGAAGGCGCGAAGACAGGCAUCAAAGAAUGCCAGUAUCAAUUCCGACACCGAAGGUGGAACUGCAGCACUGUGGAUAACACCUCUGUUUUUGGCAGGGUGAUGCAGAUAGGCAGCCGCGAGACGGCCUUCACAUACGCGGUGAGCGCAGCAGGGGUGGUGAACGCCAUGAGCCGGGCGUGCCGCGAGGGCGAGCUGUCCACCUGCGGCUGCAGCCGCGCCGCGCGCCCCAAGGACCUGCCGCGGGACUGGCUCUGGGGCGGCUGCGGCGACAACAUCGACUAUGGCUACCGCUUUGCCAAGGAGUUCGUGGACGCCCGCGAGCGGGAGCGCAUCCACGCCAAGGGCUCCUACGAGAGUGCUCGCAUCCUCAUGAACCUGCACAACAACGAGGCGGGCCGCAGGACGGUGUACAACCUGGCUGAUGUGGCCUGCAAGUGCCAUGGGGUGUCCGGCUCAUGUAGCCUGAAGACAUGCUGGCUGCAGCUGGCAGACUUCCGCAAGGUGGGUGAUGCCCUGAAGGAGAAGUACGACAGCGCGGCGGCCAUGCGGCUCAACAGCCGGGGCAAGUUGGUGCAGGUCAACAGCCGCUUCAACUCGCCCACCACACAAGACCUGGUCUACAUCGACCCCAGCCCUGACUACUGCGUGCGCAAUGAGAGCACCGGCUCGCUGGGCACGCAGGGCCGCCUGUGCAACAAGACGUCGGAGGGCAUGGAUGGCUGCGAGCUCAUGUGCUGCGGCCGUGGCUACGACCAGUUCAAGACCGUGCAGACGGAGCGCUGCCACUGCAAGUUCCACUGGUGCUGCUACGUCAAGUGCAAGAAGUGCACGGAGAUCGUGGACCAGUUUGUGUGCAAGUAGUGGGUGCCACCCAGCACUCAGCCCCGCUCCCAGGACCCGCUUAUUUAUAGAAAGUACAGUGAUUCUGGUUUUUGGUUUUUAGGAAUAUUUUUUAUUUUUCCCCAAGAAUUGCAACCGGAACCAUUUUUUUUCGUGUUACCAUCUAAGAACUCUGUGGUUUAUUAUUAAUAUUAUAAUUAUUAUUUGGCAAUAAUGGGGGUGGGAACCAAGAAAAAUAUUUAUUUUGUGGAUCUUUGAAAAGGUAAUACAAGACUUUUUUUGAUAGUAUAGAAUGAAGGGGAAAUAACACAUAGCCUAACUUAGCUGUGUGGACAUGGUACACAUCCAGAAGGUAAAGAAAUACAUUUUCUUUUUCUCAAAUAUGCCAUCAUAUGGGAUGGGUAGGUUCCAGUUGAAAGAGGGUGGUAGAAAUCUAUUCACAAUUCAGCUUCUAUGACCAAAAUGAGUUGUAAAUUCUCUGGUGCAAGAUAAAAGGUCUUGGGAAAACAAAACAAAACAAAACAAAACAAACCUCCCUUCCCCAGCAGGGCUUCUAGCCUGCUUUCUGCAUUUUCAAAAUGAUAAUUUACAAUGGAAGGACAAGAAUGUCAUAUUCUCAAGGAAAAAAGGUAUAUCACAUGUCUCAUUCUCCUCAAAUAUUCCAUUUGCAGACAGACCGUCAUAUUCUAAUAGCUCAUGAAAUUUGGGCAGCAGGGAGGAAAGUCCCCAGAAAUUAAAAAAUUUAAAACUCUUAUGUCAAGAUGUUGAUUUGAAGCUGUUAUAAGAAUUAGGAUUCCAGAUUGUAAAAAGAUCCCCAAAUGAUUCUGGACACUAGAUUUUUUUGUUUGGGGAGGUUGGCUUGAACAUAAAUGAAAAUAUCCUGUUAUUUUCUUAGGGAUACUUGGUUAGUAAAUUAUAAUAAUAAAAAUAAUACAUGAAUCCCAUUCACAGGUUCUCAGCCCAAGCAACAAGGUAAUUGAGUGCCAUUCAGCACUGCACCAGAGCAGACAACCUAUUUGAGGAAAAACAGUGAAAUCCACCUUCCUCUUCACACUGAGCCCUCUCUGAUUCCUCUGUGUUGUGAUGUGAUGCUGGCCACGUUUCCAAACGGCAGCUCCACUGGGUCCCCUUUGGUUGUAGGACAGGAAAUGAAACAUUAGGAGCUCUGCUUGGAAAACAGUUCACUACUUAGGGAUUUUUGUUUCCUAAAACUUUUAUCUUGAGGAGCAGUAGUUUUCUAUGUUUUAAUGACAGAACUUGGCUAAUGGAAUUCACAGAGGUGUUGCAGCGUAUCACUGUUAUGAUCCUGUGUUUAGAUUAUCCACUCGUGCUUCUCCUAUUGUACUGCAGAUGUACCUUAAAACUGUUCCCAGUGUACUUGAACAGUUGCAUUUAUAAGGGGGGAAAUGUGGUUUAAUGGUGCCUGAUAUCUCAAAGUCUUUUGUACAUAACAUAUAUAUAUAUACAUAUAUAUAAAUAUAAAUAUAAAUAUAUCUCAUUGCAGCCAGUGAUUUAGAUUUACAGUUUACUCUGGAGUUAUUUCUCAGUCUAGAGCAUUGUUGUCCUUCACUGCAGUCCAGUUGGGAUUAUUCCAAAAGUUUUUUGAGUCUUGAGCUUGGGCUGUGGCCCUGCUGUGAUCAUACCUUGAGCACGACGAAGCAACCUUGUUUCUGAGGAAGCUUGAGUUCUGACUCACUGAAAUGCGUGUUGGGUUGAAGAUAUCUUUUUUCUUUUCUGCCUCACCCCUUUGUCUCCAACCUCCAUUUCUGUUCACUUUGUGGAGAGGGCAUUACUUGUUCAUUAUAGACAUGGACGUUAAGAGAUAUUCAAAACUCAGAAGCAUCAGCAAUGUUUCUCUUUUCUUAGUUCAUUCUGCAGAAUGGAAACCCAUGCCUAUUAGAAAUGACAGUACUUAUUAAUUGAGUCCCUAAGGAAUAUUCAGCCCACUACAUAGAUAGCUUUUUUUUUUUUUAAUAAGGACACCUCUUUCCAAACAGUGCCAUCAAAUAUGUUCUUAUCUCAGACUUACGUUGUUUUAAAAGUUUGGAAAGAUACACAUCUUUCAUACCCCCCUUAGGCAGGUUGGCUUUCAUAUCACCUCAGCCAACUGUGGCUCUUAAUUUAUUGCAUAAUGAUAUUCACAUCCCCCCAGUUGCAGUGAAUUGUGAGCAAAAGAUCUUGAAAGCAAAAAGCACUAAUUAGUUUAAAAUGUCACUUUUUUGGUUUUUAUUAUACAAAAACCAUGAAGUACUUUUUUUAUUUGCUAAAUCAGAUUGUUCCUUUUUAGUGACUCAUGUUUAUGAAGAGAGUUGAGUUUAACAAUCCUAGCUUUUAAAAGAAACUAUUUAAUGUAAAAUAUUCUACAUGUCAUUCAGAUAUUAUGUAUAUCUUCUAGCCUUUAUUCUGUACUUUUAAUGUACAUAUUUCUGUCUUGCGUGAUUUGUAUAUUUCACUGGUUUAAAAAACAAACAUCGAAAGGCUUAUGCCAAAUGGAAGAUAGAAUAUAAAAUAAAACGUUACUUGUAUAUUGGUAAGUGGUUUCAAUUGUCCUUCAGAUAAUUCAUGUGGAGAUUUUUGGAGAAACCAUGACGGAUAGUUUAGGAUGACUACAUGUCAAAAUAAUAGAAGAGUGGUGAAUUUUACCAAAACCAAGCUUUUUGGAAGCUUCAAAAGGUUUCUAUAUGUAAUGGAACAAAAGGGGAAUUCUCUUUUCCUAUAUAUGUUCCUCACAAAAAAAAAAAAAAGAAAUCAAGCAGAUGGCUUAAAGCUGGUUAUAGGAUUGUUCACAUUCUUUUAGCAUUAUGCAUGUAACUUAAUUGUUUUAGAGCGUGUUGCUAUUGUAACAUCCCAGAGAAGAACGAAAAGGCACAUGCUUUUAUCCGUGACCAGAUUUUUAGUCCAAAAAAAUGUAUUUUUUUGUGUGUUUACCACUGCAACUAUUGCACCUCUCUAUUUGAAUUUACUGUGGACCAUGUGUGGUGUCUCUAUGCCCUUUGAAAGCAGUUUUUAUAAAAAGAAAGCCCGGGUCUGCAAAGAAUGAAAACUGGUUGGAAACUAAAGGUUCAUUGUGUUAAGUGCAAUUAAUACAAGUUCUUGUGCUUUUCAAAAAUGUACACAGAAAUCUGGACAGUGCUGCACAGAUUGAUACAUUAGCCUUUGCUUUUUCUCUUUCCGGAUAACCUUGUAACAUAUUGAAACCUUUUAAGGAUGCCAAGAAUGCAUUAUUCCACAAAAAAACAGUAGACCAACAUAUAGAGUGUUUAAAAUAGCAUUUCUGGGCAAAUUCAAACUCUUGUGGUUCUAGGACUCACAUCUGUUUCAGUUUUUCCUCAGUUGUAUAUUGACCAGUGUUCCUUAUUGCAAAAACAUAUACCCGAUUUAGCAGUGUCAGCGUAUUUUUUCUUCUCAUCCUGGAGCAUAUUCAAGAUCUUCCCAAUACAAGAAAAUUAAUAAAAAAUUUAUAUAUAGGCAGCAGCAAAAGAGCCAUGUUCAAAAUAGUCAUUAUGGGCUCAAGUAAAAAGAAGACUUUUAAGUUUUAAUCCAGUUUAUCUGUUGAGUUCUGUGAGCUACUGACCUCCUGAGACUGGCACUGUGUAAGUUUUAGUUGCCUACCCUAGCUCUUUUCUCAUACAAUUUUGCCAAUACCAAGUUUCAAUUUGUUUUUACAAAACAUUAUUCAAGCCACUAGAAUUAUCAAAUAUGAUGCUAUGGCAGAAUAAGUACUCUAAAUAAGAGACCGGUACUAGCUAACUCCAAGAGAUCGUUAGCAGCAUCAGUCCACAAAGACUUAGUGGCCCACAAUAUAUAGAGAGAUAGAAAAGGUAGUUAUAACUUGAAGCAUGUAUUUAAUGCAAAUAGGCACGAAGGCACAGGUCUAAAAUACUACAUUGUCACUGUAAGCUAUACUUUUAAAAUAUUUAUUUUUUUUAAAGUAUUUUCUAGUCUUUUCUCUCUCUGUGGAAUGGUGAAAGAGAGAUGCCGUGUUUUGAAAGUAAGAUGAUGAAAUGAAUUUUUAAUUCAAGAAACAUUCAGAAACAUAGGAAUUAAAACUUAGAAAAAUGAUCUAAUUUCCCUGUUCACACAAACUUUACACUUUAAUCUGAUGAUUGGAUAUUUUAUUUUAGUGAAACAUCAUCUUGUUAGCUAACUUUAAAAAAUGGAUGUAGAAUGAUUAAAAGUUGGUGUGAUUUUUUUUAAUGUAUCAGUUUGAACCUGGAAGUUUGAAUUAAAAUGCUGUCUCAGUAUUUUAAAAGCAAAAAAGGAAUGGAGGAAAAUUGCAUCUUAGACCAUUUUUAUAUGCAGUGUACAAUUUGCUGGGCUAGAAAUGAGAUAAAGAUUAUUUAUUUUUGUUCAUAUCUUGUACUUUUCUAUUAAAAUCAUUUUAUGAAA